AGGGAGGCCCAAAACCCUCACUCCCCCUUCGCGAUCUCCUCCGCUCCAAAAUGUGGCGCCGCCACCUCCUCCGCCGCCUCCUGCCGUCUCCGGCCACCGCCGCCGCCGCCGCCGCCUCCCCCUCGCCGGCGAUCCGCCUCCUAUCCACCGCCUCCCCGGAUCCCGCCCCGCCGGCGACGCUCGCCUCCUCCCUCGCCGGGGCGCUCUCCGCGCUGUCCUCCACCCCGCCACCGGCCACCUCCCCGGACGCCUACUUCUCCCUCCACUUCUCCGACGUGCGCCCCACCAACGCGCUGCUCGCCGAGGCGCUCGCGCUCGCCCCGCCGGCCACGUCCCGCGCCGCCGCGGAGCUCUUCCGCUUCCUCGUCCGCCGCCGCUCGCUCCACCCCUCCGACUCCGCGCUCGCGCCCGUCGUGCGGCAUCUCGCCCGCCGCCGCGACUUCCCCGCGGUGCGCUCGCUCGUCCAGGAGUUCCCCUCCGCGCUGGGGCACGACACGCUCGACGCGUACCUCCUCAGCCUCGCCAGGGCCGGCCGCGCCACCGACGCGGUCAAGGUGUUCGACGAAUUGCCCCCGCAGCUCCGCACGCGCCAGGCGCUCACUUCCCUGGUCUCCUCGCUCUCGGCUGAGGGCUGGCCCUCGCACGCGGAAGGCGCUGUCAAGAAGGUCGCUAAUGAGAUCUUCCCGGAUGAUAACAUCUGCACUCUGUUGGUAUCUGGCUAUGCCAAUGCUGGGAAGCUUGACCAUGCUCUGAGGUUGAUCGGUGAGACGCGCCGUGGUGGGUUUCAGCCAGGGUUGGACGCCUACAACGCGGUUCUUGAUUGUAUCUGCCGGCUAUGUCGCAAGAAGGACCCGUUGAGGAUGCCUGCGGAGGCAGAGAAGUUCUUAGUUGACAUGGAGGCCAAUGGCAUUCCCCGCGAUGCAGGUACUUUCCGGGUUCUGAUCACUAAUCUUUGCAAGAUUCGCAAGACUGAGGAUGCAAUGAAUCUGUUCCGGCGAAUGGGUGAGUGGGGAUGCUCACCAGAUGCCGACACCUACUUGGUGCUUAUUAAGAGCUUGUAUCAGGCUGCCCGGAUUUCUGAAGGGGAUGAGAUGAUGACAUGGAUGCGGUCUGCAGGGUUUGGUGCUAAGCUUGAUAGAAAGGCAUAUUAUGGGUUCAUCAAGAUUUUAUGUGGCAUUGAAAGGGUUGAGCAUGCUGUCAAGGUGUUCAGGAUGAUGAAAGGAUAUGGACAUGCACCUGGGACAAAGUCAUAUAGCUUGCUGAUUGAGAAGCUGACUAGGCAUAACUUAGGAGAUCGUGCUAAUGCACUGUUCAGGGAAGCAGUGGCACGUGGUGUGACUGUGACGCCAGGAGUGUAUAAGAUUGAUAAGAAGUAUGUGAAGGCGAAGAAGGAGAAGAAGGUAAAGAAGAGGCUGACUUUACCAGAGAAGAUGAGAUUGAAGAGCAAGAGGCUGUACAAGCUUAGAAUGAGCUUUGUUAAGAAGCCUAAGCGUCGAAUGGUCCGGGUUUGAGCAGGCUUUGGGUUGGAGCGGAUGAUCAUGGGAAGAGAGAAUCAGAAAGAGGCCAUUUAUAAUUUUGAAGAGCAGUAAAUUGUCGUCCUUCAAUUUUCCCCACAUUACAAGUGGCUCACUGACCGCAACAUUUUUCUGAUCGGAGUCCUUCGUGUGGUUUCUAUCUCUUGGACAAUGGAUUGCUGACACUUUGCUGUGCUGUUUUAUGUUCUCUGCAAUGCCUUGUGUUUCAUUAACACAAAUAAUGAAUGUAUCAUUUUACUUAAGUUUAUGUUCACCACAGUUGAGAGGAAACUUUUGGUAUAUGAUGAAGCAACUGUCUUGCAGAUCCGUAGUUAUCGUUUGAGCAAUGUUUUGUACACUCUAGUUUCUCAUGAACUCAUGAAAUAUUUUAUACAUCGCCUGCCGAAACUACUCAUUUGACCUUUUUCUUUGGGUGAGAAUGUGCUCCCCAAAAGAGCUUGAAUGCA